CAUUCAUAUAUUUUAAUUGUGGCCCGCUAUAGUAUUCCAAUCGUUGGUUCAUUUUUUAUUUUUUUUUUGCAUCAUUCCAAUCGUUGGUUUUAUAAAUUCAAUGAAAUUACAAAAACUCAAUGCAUGCUACAUUCUCUCUCAUCAACAAUGUCCAAUCUCUUCUUCUUCAUCAUUUUUCAUUUACUCGUACCGCCAGCUUUUGCUGCAAAUUCCUCAAACAUAUUGUAUGAAAUCGAACCAUUUAUUAGGGUUUACAAAAAUGGAAGUGUUGAGAGAUUAACGGGAACAGAAACCACUCCACCUUCGCUCGAUCCCAAGUCUAGGGUUCUCUCCAAAGACAUCAUCAUCGACCCUUCUCUCAACAUCUCAGCAAGACUCUAUCUACCCAAAACCGCCGCCGCCGCCACCUGCAAACUUCCUCUUCUGGUCUACUUCCACGGUGGCGCGUUUUUCACCUCAUCGCCCUUCACCCCCACCUACCACAACUACCUAAACUCCGUCGUCGCCAAAGCUAACGUCGUCGCGGUGUCCGUUAAUUACAGCUUAGCCCCCGAGCACCCUCUCCCCGCCGCCUAUGAAGAUUCCUGGCUUGCGCUAAAAUGGGUUUUCUCUCACUCCGGUGAGGGCGGCGGCAGCGAGGAAUGGCUCCGAAACGACGUCGAUUUCGAGCGCGUUUACUUGAGCGGAGACAGCGCCGGCGGCAACAUCGCCCACAACGUGGCGGUCCGGGUCGGGUUGGAGAAAAUGGGUCGUGACGACCCGGGUGUUAUGAUCCGCGGGUUGUUUCUGAACUGCCCGCAUUUUUGGGGGAAGGUCCGAAUUGGGAAUGAAGCGAGUGACCCUAAAAUGGUGGCUGCGGAGGAUAGUAUAUGGGUCCAUGCAUACCCGAAUUCGACCGGGUUUGACGACCCGCUGUUGAACCCGGAUUACGACCCGAAUCUGUGGAGGUUGGGGUGCAAAAAAGUGGUGGUUUAUGUUGGUGAGAAGGAUAUAUUGAGAGAUAGAGGAUUGGAAUACACGAAGGCGUUGAGGAAGAGUAAGUGGGAAGGAGUGGUGAAGGGUGUGGACGUGAAGGGGGCUCCUCAUGUUUUCAAUCUGCAAUUUCCCAAGAGCAAAGAUGCUCACAAAAUGUUGAACCAUUUUGCAUUGUUUCUCAAUGAUAAAGAGAAAUUUAACUAGCUAGAGUGUGAAAUUAGAGAGAGUGGUAUAAUCUAUCUACCAUCUAUUUUACAAUGUAUCAUGUGAAGCUUGUCAUUUAUUUAUUAAUCCCUCCGUAUUAUUAUUGUUGGCUUGUUUUUCUUAUUGGAAUGUCCCAUUAAUAUUGAUUUAUUUUUAUUUCUA